CUACUUUCAAUCAUAAUUGACAUUACGAAAACUUAUAAAGUACCACCAGAAAUAAUCUUCAUAAACAAAAAAUAUUACCAUAAAAUUAUUUUCAACAGUUUAACUUCAUUGUAAGAUCUAAUAAAUAUAUUUUUUUUGUACUAAGAAGAUGGGUACAUUCAGAAAACCACCAGUCAGAUUUUGGAUAGGAGUAAUGAUCUUUGUCGGAGCCUUCAUAAAUUACUCAACAAGAAUCAACAUUUCAAUCAGCAUUGUCGCAAUGGUUAAGAGCGCAAAGAAAGAAUUAAUACCCGAAUGUAUUGUGGACGCUUCCGUACGGGCUAACGAUUCUAAGUUAUUAGCGGAUUACGGACCCAGAUACCACUGGAGCGAAGAAGUGCAGGGUAACAUAAUUGGUAGUUUUUACUGGGGAUAUACAGUGGGUUGUCUACCCAGUGGGAUUGUAGCAGAAUGGCUCGGCCCUACAGCUGUUAUUUUUUGGUUUACGUUGAUAACCGCUAUCCUCAAUGCUUUGUGCGUACCAGCUGCGGCGUUACACUAUUCGGCUUUGAUAGCACUAAGGGCUUUCAUUGGACUCCUAGGAACCUUCAUCUAUCCAUCCUUUCAAGUACUCAUAGCGAAAUGGUCGCCGCCGCUAGAAAAAGGCAAGUUUACUUCAGCCUUGUUGGGGAACGGCUUGUCGUCGGUCAUUAACUGGCCGGUUUUGACGAGCGUCACGGUCCAUUUUGGUUGGGAUUGGGGAUUCUACGUGGUAAGCAUGCAGUUGGUAGUUUUUUGCAUGAUAUUCUGGUUGGUUUGCGCCGAUUCUCCUGUAAAGCAUCCGUUUAUCUCCGAAGCGGAAGUAGAGUAUAUCAAAUCGUGUCAAGCAGGAAAGGUAGGAACUAAAAGACGCACAGCGCCGUACCUACGUAUAAUAUCAAACACACCUUUUUGGGUUCUGGUGAUGGGCCACACGGGUUCCAUGUGGGGACUGUACGUGCAAAUGAGUACUUUGCCCAAGUACAUGUCACAAGUGAUCGGAUUCGAUCUAAAAAAAACCGGCGCCGUAGCGAUGUUGCCGCAGCUAAGCAGAGUGUUCGUGGCCCUAACAAUGGGAAUCAUCGCUGAUAGCUUGGCGAAAAAGGGAAUCCUUUCGCCGAUGGAAAUAAGAAAGCAUUUUUGUUUCUUUUCUCAUUUCAUUCCUGGGAUACUUACCAUAGGUAUAUCUUUUUUCAAAUGCAAUGUUGCUGCUAUCGUCUUAGUUUUGAUAGGAUUGGGAUUGAACGGUGCUGCAGUAGUGACAACUCUCUUAAAUUCUCAGGAUUUGUCACCGAAUUUCGCUGGUACUGUUUUCGGUUUCAUUAGUUUCUUCGGAGGCGUAUCUGGUUGCAUGGUGCCUAUGGUCACUGGAGUGUGCAUUAGACAACACAGCGGAAUCAAUGAAUGGGGGUUGGCUUUCUACAUAGGUGGCACGAUAUAUCUUUUUGGUGGUGUUAUAUUUAUGCUUUUUGGAACUGUGGAUGAGCAGGAUUGGAAUAAGAUUCCCGAAUAA